AUGCGAACAAUUACCGUUGGUCUCACGGGGGCUGCAGGCAUCUAUGGUGGUUUAGUACUUUAUCGAGAAUAUUUUGUCAAAGCACAAUAUAAAGGCAAUGAACAACUAUUUGGUAAAACAGCUAUUGUUACAGGUGCUAAUACAGGUAUAGGAAAAGAAGUAGCACAUGAUUUUGCUCGACGAGGUGCUCGUGUCAUAAUGGCUUGUCGUGAUAUGAAAAAAUGUGAAGAAACACGAGAAAAAAUUAUUGCUGAUUCAUUUAAUACUAAUAUUGUUUGUCGUGAAUGUGAUUUAGCGUCAAUUGAAUCAAUAAAACGUUUUGCUGAUGAUAUAAAUCAAAAUGAAAAAUAUGUUCAUUUAUUAAUAAAUAAUGCUGGUGUUAUGUGGCAUCCAUUAAAAUUAACUAAAGAUGGUUUUGAACAACAUUUAGGUGUUAACUAUCUCGGUCAUUUUCUUUUAACGAAUUUAUUAAUGGAAAAAUUAAGUAAAUGUUCACCAAGUCGAAUAAUUAAUGUAACAUCAUCAAUGUAUAAACGUGGACAAAUUGAUUUUGACGAUUUAAAUAUGUCAAAAAAACAAUUUAAUGCAAAAAUAGCUUAUGAACAAACUGCACUUGCUAUUGUUUUAUCUACACAAGAGUUUUGUCGACGAUAUUCAGGUUCGGGCGUAACAGCUAAUUGUGUUAAUCCUGGAAUAACUCGAACUGACAUAGCACGUCAUACAGUUGAUAAAUCAUUUGUAAGUCGAGUUAUAAUUGGUCCUUUCUUAAAAGCAUUUAUGAAAACACCAAUACAAGGUGCACAAGCAAUACUUCAAUGUGCUCUUGAUCCAAAACUUGAUGGUCAAUGUGGAAAAUACUUUAGUGAUAUGAAAGAAGAACCAAUUGUACCAAAUGCUACUAAUGAAAAAGAAGCUAAACGUUUAUGGUUGAUUAGUGAACGAUGGACACGUUUAACUAAAUAA